GUUUAUUCCAAAUACUAGUGAAAUAAAAUGAUGAAAAAUGGUAAUGAAAACAACAGAAAUAGAACUAGCACUAUAUAGAUAAUAACUCUGGCAGUGAUGAAUACUGAACCGAUCCUGUGCAGGUGUUGUUACACGUGGUCUGCUACUGGGAGGAUGAUCAGCUGUCCAUCCUGUCUUCCUGUAGCGCUGUCUUAGGCGUCUCACAGUACGGACAUUGCAAUUUUUUGCCCUGGCCACAUCUGCAGUCCUCAUGCCUCCUUGCAGAAUGCCUAAGGCACGUUCACGCAGAUGAGCAGGACUGCAGGGUGGGAGAUGCAACAAUGGCCUUGAGAACAGCAGGAAGUGUGUUGGGGGUCUUUGUCUGGUCUGUAGCAGUGGUACUGGGUCAGGAUGGCUGGAGUGUUACAUACACCACUCAGAGUAUCUGUACCUUUAAGGGGUCAUCAGUGGAGCUGACCUGCUCUUACACAUAUCCCAGUGGCUAUACAAUCACAACAACCUUCUGGUUCAACAAAUAUGAUGCUGAGGAGAAUUAUGUGAGUCUGAAGGAUGACCCAGACUACAAAGGACGUGUGACGUACCGUGAGGAUGAAGAGAAUGGUCACAUCCUGACAAUCACAGACCUGAGAGAGAGUGACUCAGCUACAUACACAUUCAGAUUUACAGAUCAGACUGGGAAAUGGAGAUAUACUGGCAAACCUGGAGUCACUCUGUCUGUCACAGGUCUUCAGGUGAAGGUGACUGGUGGAUAUCAGGAUAAGACACUGACCUGUAGUACCACCUGUACUCUGACUGACAACCCCACCUACAUCUGGUACAAGAACGGACAACAUCUAGAUGAGAGCACCUCCCCCCAGUACAAAGACCCAGUCUCCAGUAACUAUGAAGACAGUUAUUCCUGUGCUGUAAAAGGCCAUGAGGACCUCCACUCUCCUGCAGUGUGUGUCCAGGGUCAGGACUGCAACAGAGUGACUUACACCAAGAGGACAAUCUGUGUCUUGAAGGGGUCAACAGUGGACAUAUCCUGUACUUAUGGCAGUGGUUAUGAUACUGUCACAUCAUCACUCUGGUUUAGUCCUAAACAGAGAUCUAGGUGGAGGGAUGAGUUGAUCCCUGAGGACCUAACCACAGACCCAGGGUAUGCAGGUCGUGUGGAGUAUGUUGGAGAGAAGGAGAGAGGUCGCUCCACUCUGAGAAUCACAGAUCUGAGAAUCACAGAUCUGAGAGAGGAGGACUCUGCUGAGUACAAGUUCAUAUUCAACACACAGACAUCAAGAUGGGGACACAGUUUCCCUGGAACAACUCUGACUGUCACAGACCUGCAGGUGAAGGUGACUCCUGCCACAGAGGCAGGGAAGAGGACACUGACCUGUAUCACCACCUGUACUCUGACUGACAACCCCACCUACAUCUGGUACAAGAACGAUACCAGGGUAAAGGAGGACACUUCCAGCCUGGACUCAGACUCCUUUAGUGAUGCAGACAGUUACUCCUGUGCUGUAAAAGGCUAUGAUAAUCUCUUCUCUCCUGCAGUGUGUAAGAAGUGUUGGAGUGUGACUUACACCCAUCAGAGUAUUUGUGCCUUGAAGGGGUCAACAGUGGACAUAUCCUGCUCUUACACAUAUCCCAGUUAUCAUGAGAUCAAACAAGCUUUCUGGUUUACUAAAUGGUCUGGUAUGGAGGCUGAAGAUCUGAGCUCAGUGCCAGGGUAUGAGGGUCAUAUAGAGUACCUUGGGGAUAAGGAGAGGGACUGUACUCUGAGAAUCACAGACCUGAGAUUGAGUGACUCUGCUGGGUACAGGUUCAGAUUCAUAACAUCUGGAGAAAAGUUUUCUGGCUCACCUGUCUCCCUGACUGUCACAGAUGUUGUGUUGGAGAUGGAUCCUACAUCUGUGUCAGAGGGGGAGAAUGUCACACUGAGAUGUAGAACCAAAUGUACACUGGUCCCCAACACAGCAUACAGUUGGUAUAAAAAUAGACAGUCUAUACCAAACAGCAACACCUCCUCUCCUGUCUUUAUCCUAUUCUCAGUCAGCAGUGAGGAUAUAGGCAGAUACUCCUGUGCUGUAGAAGGACAUGAGGAUCUCCCCUCUGCUGAAGAGACUCUCACUGUCAGAUAUGGACCAAAGGUCACCUCAGUAUCAGUCAGUCCCUCUGGUGACAUAGUGGAUGGCAGUUCAGUGACUCUGACCUGCAGCAGUGAUGCCAACCCACCUGUGGACAAAUACACCUGGUACAAGAAGAACGUAACCUCACCAAAAGCAUCAGGACAGAGUUACAGCAUCACUAACAUCAGCUCUGAGGACAGAGGAGAAUAUUACUGUGAGGCCCAGAAUGGAAGAGGAUCUAUGAACUCUACAGCUCUGAUGAUCAUUGUAGCAGGUAAAGUUACAUCUUCAAUACUUCAAUACAAAAUGAUGUUCAAUAAGAAAUGAUGUUUCAAGGUAAUCUUCUAUAUAAUAUUACUGUGAAGCUAGAAACAUUAAAGGAACAGAGACUUCCAUCCCUGUCCAUAUUAAUGUCAUGUCAGUGUUUCCCUGGGUUCCUGUGGUCUGGGUGGGGGAUGUCCUGACUGCUGGAGCUCUGCUCCUCACCAUCUACUGCACUCUGAAGAGGAGAUACACAGGAGGAAGUGAUGCCACAACAGACACACAGAGUGUCCAUCCUGACUGUAACAGUGACACUUACACAGGUCUGAAGAUGAGGACCAUGUCCCCUGACUAUGACUCUCUGGCAAGUGUCCAUUCUGACCCUAACAGUAACAAGUGCACAUCUCUGAAGAAGAAUACCAGGUCACCAGAGUGACAUCCAGGCAGUAGAGAGAUAGUGAACCACCACAGAGCCUGGACUGAAUAGAACCACCACAGAACCUGGACUGAAGAGAAGCACCACAGAACCUGGACUGAAGAGCUACGGUUCCAAUCCAAAGCCAGGCCUCACACCUCUAUUCUCUUGCAACCAUAUCUAGAUGGUUUUCCAGACCAGGAACUUUAGCUUUGAGUAAAUGCUGGAAUAUAUGUGUUAUUUUCUUAUUAUGAUGAUAAAUGGGAUGGGUUAUGCUUCUGCUUUUUUUCAAUGGGAUUCUCCCAUUUCCAUAUUUGUUUCUUGUGUCCCAAUCUGUUUCCUAUCUGUAGUUUAAGAUUACAUUUCUGAUCUGUUUCUAUGGGGUUUUGCCAUAUACAGAUGUUUUAUAACAUCAAUAGUACUACUUUCCUCAGUAACUAAUGUGGAUAAUAUUGAUAACAGCUUUCUAUAAUUUGUUCAGCUUUUGGGCCAAGUUUCUCCUGAUGUGUUUAAUGAUUUACUUUGUAUUGCUGUCAGACAUUAUUACUUAUUUUUAUGUUUUAUAUUACGUAAUCCUAUAUUGUUUUAUUUUAUUUUAAAAAAUGUAAUCAGUACAUUACAUACAUUUAAGCAUUUGCAGUUUUUUACAUGUUAUAUUAAUUAUAAUUGUAUAUUAAAAUUGUAUAUUAAAAA